AAGCUGUCGAGUAAAUGAACAUUUGCGAGUCUAUUUGGAGAGGAAAAAAUUGAUAGGAUCGUGGAGGGAAAUGGCAGCUUCUUCGUCUUCCUUUCUCGCCGCAGCUUCUCAGAAGGUCGGACCAGCCGCUCGCCGCAAAAUUCUUACUCUGACGGAGGCCGCCGCCGCUAGAAUUCGACAACUUCUUCAACAGCGCCAACGUCCAUUCCUCCGCCUUGGCGUCAAGGCGCGCGGUUGUAAUGGUUUAUCCUAUACUCUCAACUACGCAGAUGAGAAAGGGAAGUUCGAUGAACUGGUCGAGGAUCAAAACGUGAAGAUACUGAUUGAACCGAAGGCGCUGAUGCAUGUAAUAGGAACAAAGAUGGACUUCGUAGAUGACAAAUUGAGAUCGGAGUUUAUCUUUAUCAAUCCAAAUUCGAAAGGUCAAUGUGGCUGUGGGGAGUCCUUUAUGACAACAGGCAGUGCAGAAGCCAACAAAAAAUGAGGCAGUUGGAGCAAUGAGCACUGUUAGAAAAACUCAAAACUCAAAACUCACAGUUGCAUAUUUGUUGUGUAUUUUGCUGGAAUUACAAACCCUAAACCUUAGAGAGUUCUAUGACAAGAACUUAAAGCAGCUGUAAGAACACUUAUCUAUGGCUAAUUAAGUUCUUAGAAAGCCAUUUAGCCAUUGUACUCCGCUAAUUAUUUCCUUUUCUCUUGCAUGUAAAUUACUGUAGAUUGCACUGGCUAAUGAGUUCUUCUGAGGUAAUAAAAUUCUCCCACGACUUUCUUUUGUUA